AUGGUCCUGGUGCACGUCGGUUACCUGGUGCUGCCCGUCUUCGGCUCCGUGCGCAACAGAGGUGCUCCUUUUCAAAGGUCUCAGCAUCCCCAUGCUACCUCCUGCAGGCACUUCCACCUGGGUCCCCAGCCUCAGCUCCCUGCCGACUUCACCCUGCCUCACGCGGUGCAGCCCCAGCCAGGGCUGACCCCCCACAUGGCCCCUGCCCACCAGCACAGUGCUCCCCUGCACCAGCCCCUGGCACCAGUGCCAGCCCUGCCCUUCCAGGAUGUGGCUGGACCUUCCUUCCUACCUCAGGCGCUUCACCAGCAAUACCUCCUCCAGCAGCAGCUCCUCGAGGCGCAGCACCGCCGGCUCAUGCCCCAUCCCAGGCGGGCUCAAGAGCGUGUGUCGGUUCAGCCUCAGCGGCUACACCCCAGCUUUGACUUCAGCCACCAACUGCAGACACCACAACCCAUGGGCCCCCAGCCCAGAUACCUAGCUGAAGGCACAGACUGGGACCUCAGUGUGGAUGCAGGACUGACUCACGCGCAGUUCCAGGUCCGGCCGGUCCCUCAGCCCUAUCAACAUUACUUAGCUACACCUCGGGUGCACCAUUUCCCCAGAAGCACAUCCUCGACACAGAUGGUUGUUCACGAAAUCAGAAAUUACCCUUAUCCUCAGCUUCAGUUACUUGCUCUCCAGGGACUCAACUCAAGCCGGCACACAUCCGCGGUGCGGGAGAGCUAUGAAGAGCUGCUGCAGCUGGAGGACAGGCUGGGCAGCGUGAGCCGCGGUGCCGUCCAGAACACCAUCGAGAGGUUCACCUUCCCCCACAAGUACAAGAAGAGAAGACCGCAGGAGGGCAAAGCUGAGCAGGAGGAUGGAGAGGAGUCAGACACGGAUGAGAAAUGCACAAUCUGUCUGUCCAUGCUUGAAGAUGGAGAAGACGUCAGGCGGUUGCCCUGUAUGCAUCUCUUCCACCAAGUGUGCGUGGACCAGUGGCUGGCCACCAGCAAGAAGUGCCCGAUCUGCAGGGUGGACAUUGAAACACAGCUCGGCUCGGACAGCUGAAAAGACUGGUUGGACACACCAUUUUCCUUACCAGGUCAUAUGGCCAUAAACCCUUGCAGCAAAAUUUUUGCCUUCUGAGCCAUUUGAUUGAGAGAAAAUGUCUGCAGGCUCAUGAGCGAGGAGGAGGACAUGGCAGUACAAUAUCUAGUGGUAGGAGAUAUUGCACAUACGCAGGAUACAGGCCCAGGGAGAGGGAACUGGCAUUCCCGGAGCUCAGAGACUCCAUGUUGCUGAAGAUUUAGUUGAAUAUGAAGGAGCUAGUUGUAGUAGUCUGGCCUGUCAAUCCUGCAUUUCAUGGGGAUUGUAUAUAUAUACCUCUCAAACACGUAGAAACAUGUUAGGGGUCCUUUAGCUAUUCUAUGGAUGGCAGCUGGAGCAUGUUAGCUUAAGAAAUGUUGUGUUUGAUGCCCUACUCAUCUUGUGGUGGACAUGUUGCUGUUACCUAAUUUGCACCAAAUAUUUUUUCAUAGAUUCCUUAUUUUGGUGCCUGGUUAACACAUUUCAGAGGGGGAACAAAGAGGUCAAGCUUCCCCACCACUGGGGGUGGAAGAGGCGAAAAAGCAAAAUCCUGUUUACAGUCAGAAGGGUUGUGCUCUUUGCCUCAGCCAUGUGUGCUUCCUUUCCUUGCAUUUACAGUGUGUUACAAAAUUAGAGAAUCUUAAAAAUUAAAAAAAAAAAAAUAAAAAAAAAAUUGGUGGUUAAAUUAAUGAAGCAAUAGGUAGAAGCUUUGUUCCUGCUUAUCUGCUGGUGCUGGACAACUCUCUGUAUGGGCACAAUAUUGGGGUAGAUGCUCUUUUCUUUGCUUUCUAUAUCUUAAUGAAGUAGCUUGGCAGAUCGAAAUUCAAGGAAGGGCUGUCUUCAGGAUUGCCAUGGUCUGUGAAUGCUUUGUCCUGUGAGCUGUGAGGUGGGUUGGCUUAAACAGCCACUGCCACCACCGGUCCAAAACGAUGGUUCCUGGAGUCUGUGCCCAGAAAUUGACACCAGAGAGGUGCUUGCUGGUGGCUUCUCUCCCGUGGAAAACCAGCUCUGAUAAUAGGAAGGGAGAAAACCCAGAGGGGAAGGCUGGUGAGACGGGGGGUUUGCUGUUGUUUGGAGGGGCUGGGUUGUGAUCCUGUCACGAAGCACCGGCACCUGCACCUCCCCUGCAGUUUGUGUUCAGGUCUCAGGCUGGAUCCACGCCAAGGAGCAGUUGUUACGAUGAAGCCUAACUGCAUUGGUGCUCGAAAAGAGAACUGGGAGGUGUUCCCGGAAGGAGUGAGCUCUUGCCAACCAAGCUCCCCCUGAAACUAACACCUCAGCACAGCAGCCAUAGGACCAAGCUGAAAACCCUCCGGAGAACUGGCAUUCACAACCAAAACAAUUUAAAAGAAAACCAAAUAACAAACACCACUUUUUCCUUUUUUCUUCUUAUUUUUUCUUUUCUUUCUUUUUUUUUUCCCUAGUAGGCAAGCAAAGAAAGAUGUGAACAAGCAAGGGGAAUUAGUCAUGAACAUUAUAUAUUGAAAUUGCUAAUGUGGCAGGAGUGAUUUCUGUCUCCCCUGAGCAUCCAUUUUGCUGGAGUCAAAUGAUGCUCUCCAAGUAGAAACAAUCAUAAAUUACUGUCUGAGAGAUCGUGGGAUUCCCAGGAGCUGUAAUUGGAAAAC